GUCCUGUCGGGCACAGUGGCGCAGCUCACCGCGAACGCGAAUACUGUCACCGCAACUAUGUGGAGAGGCUCGCUGCCCGUCCAGGCGACUGCCCGGGAGCUGGUGGAUCGCGCGAUCCAGAGGGGCCCCGCCGCAUCACCGAAUCUGGCACAAUUUGCCAGGUGGUCCAUGCGGGGCACGCUGAGGAGCACAGCAACGCGAUUCGAGCUGAAUUUGCAGCGGCUCUGGCACCUUCUGCCAACGCGCAUUGCCGCCGCAGUCUGCAGCGCGGACUCGGACCGCUGGCACGCAGCCAGACGAUUCCAGAACACGAUGGACAUCCACGUUUCUGUCGGCUAG